CGAGAAGAGACGGAUCUGUCGCAGGCAAUUGAAGCUCAGCAGUAAGAACAUGGCCAUUAUUUCCGUAACGAGUGAAAUCCAACAAAUUUGGUACACAGGAACUGGAAUAAUAUGCUGUUCCGAUCAGAGUGAGCUAUGGGAGCUUCACAUCAAUGGAGUUCAUCUCUUCAAACUGCUCCAAUCAAGCUAAAAUCUUCCAUUCCCCUAACCUCCCCGUCGAAUUUCAUCUUCUAUUACUGCAAACGAUCUCGUGUGAAUUAUUCCUCAACUAGUCGUUGCGCUGUUUGUGCUCAUAACUCCAAUUUGCCGCGGCCGAAAUCUACAAAUUCUGAUGCUCGGAUUUCGAAAUCCGUCGUUCUCGGAGAUUGCCAAGGGCAUGAGCUUGUUCGGAUCUCUUCUACUUCGAUUCGACGGCGUAAGAGUGUGAUUCUCUCUCUGGUAUCCUUAUUUGAUAAACGUUCUCUUUGGCGAAGAAUCUUUUUUGCCUCGAAGAAAGUUAGGAGUAUCAUUUUGCUCAACAUCGUCACGAUUGUUUAUGCUAGCAGUAUUCCAGUUGUGAAAGAGGUUGAAGAAUUAGUGGAUCCAGCAACCUUCAAUGCUGUGCGGUUUGCCAUAACUGCUAUUCCAUUCGUUCCACUUGUAUUGUAUAAAUGGGAUGAUGUUGAGACUCGUAAUGCUGGAAUAGAGUUAGGUUUCUGGGUUAGUCUGGGGUACCUGAUGCAGGCAUUUGGACUGCUUACAUCUGAUGCCGGGCGAGCAUCCUUUAUAUCAAUGCUCACGGUACUUGUAGUUCCAAUACUUGAUGGAGUUUUAGGUGCUGUAGUUCCUGCUCGUACCUGGUUUGGAGUUCUCAUGUCAGUCAUUGGGGUUGCAAUGCUUGAAUCUAGUGGAUCCCCUCCAUGUGUGGGAGAUCUUUUGAACUUCUUGAGUGCAAUCUUUUUUGGUGUGCAUAUGCUUAGAACAGAGCAUAUUUCAAGGCGUACAGAAAAGGAUAAAUUAGUACCACUCCUUGCAUAUGAAGUUUGCGUUGUUUCUAUUCUAUCGAUGCUGUGGUACUUUAUUUGGAGAUGGAUUGAUGGAACAGAAACAAUUAGUGAGUCGUGGAAUUGGAAAACGUAUUCAGAUUGGGUGUUCAUGUUUCCUUGGGUACCUGCUCUGUACACAGGCUUAUUGUCUACUGGUUUUUGCCUGUGGCUAGAGAUGGGUGCCAUGUGCGAUGUAUCAGCCACAGAAACUGCGGUUAUUUACAGUUUGGAGCCAGUCUGGGGUGGAAGUUUUGCCUGGUUCCUUCUUGGUGAAAGGUGGGGAUUGAGUGGCUGGAUUGGUGCUGCUCUGGUGCUAGGUGGAAGCUUAACAGUGCAGAUACUAUCAUCAUCUGCAACCAAAUCUUGCAAAGAUGACAGAAGCAAGGAAGUCCAUGACGUUUUGGGUUCUGCUGAUAAACGCAGUUUGUCGACCUCUCCAAUAGUUCUAACCAGAGGUAAAAAUGUUACACAUCACUUGAAAAAGUAAGGUAUAUUAUUUAGGACCAAACCUCUAAUAUAUACCAUGUGAUCUAUUAGGCAUAAUAAUCUCGACCAUACUUCUAAUAUAACAUGUAAUUUAUGUACGUACGAAUACAUAAUCAUUAGAGCUUACCUA